AUGGAAGCGAGUACUACUAUUUCAAUCGAUUGUGGUUUACCUUAUCCAUUCACAUUUAAUCCUCAUCAUACAGCUCUUGUUUCAAUUGAUAUGCAACGAGACUUCAUCGACGAAGGUGGAUUUGGCUCUAUGCUUGGAAA